UUUAAGGGGCGGACGUGAAAGCCUCGGACGUGAAAGCUGAAACGCGAACUUCUUACAUGUUUGCGAGUCUCUUUCUUUAAUUUUCAUCAUAUUUCAGAAGGAAUUCAGCCGUUUUAAUGAUGGCAUCGGAAAACUACGUAGCCAAGCUGAACCUUUAUGCGCAAACAACUCGGGUAAUGGUGUCGUACGAGGAGGUUGGAUCUGUUGGGCCUGACCACAUCAAAACAUUCACAAUAAGAGCGGUGAUUAAUGGCCAGGCCUACCCUGAAGGUGUGGGGAAGAACAAGAAAGAAGCUAAACAGAAUGCUGCUAAAAAUGCCUUAGAACACCUGCUGGAUAUACCCGCUGAUUCUCAGGCAGAACAUGCAGCAGAAGCUUCUCCCACUAGACUUCAGCUAAAAUCUUUCAUCUACACGUUUUGGCUCAAUGAAUACAGCGAGAAAAACAUGGUGACCUUCAGACCCGAGGAGACGACUACACUUGGACCAGUUUACUCAAUCCACUCGUGUAAGUUUGUGGUUGGCGAUAAGGAAUACCCAGCUGCCUCGGGGAAAACAAAGAAAGAAGCUAAAGAGGAAGCCGCCAAGCUGGUGUACAUGGAGAUAACGGGCAGUGAAACUUUAGAUGAGACUGGAGAUGAUAAAGACAGCGGCACAUCGAGUCUAAGAAGUGACAAUUUGGAGACCGAUGCGUCGCUCAUCUGCAAUCAGACAAAAGUCCUGAACCUACAGACUGAAGACAGAAGCUUAGCGGAAGCUAAUUUCAUAGGAGUAAUCAACUUGCACUGUCAGAAGGAAAGACAGUCCUUUACAUUUACUGAAGAGAAGAGAUGUGGCCCCUCUCAUAUCCCAAUGCCCUCUGGUCCGAAAGAAUCCAGCAGUUUGACACCAAGGACAAGUGAUCCAGUUGUUUUCAUCGAUUCCAAUCCCAACAUCCAGGUUCAAAGUCCUUAUGUGAAGCCCAAAAUAAAAAUCGCAGCUAAUUUCCAAAAUGUUAGUGACCGCAGUAAAGAGCAUUUGAUCAACUUUAAAGUUAAGGCUGAAGGAAAUACGCAGAGAGCCAAACCAGCAACACAACCAGUAUCAACUUCAAGCAGGUUUACGCUUGAUUAUGACUCCAUAGAAAAUCUGGAUAAAGGAUCCUUUGGUCGUGUUUUCAAGGCGAGGCAUAAACUGGAGAACAAUUAUUACGCAGUGAAGAUCGUACAAUAUAAAGAAAAAACACUACAAGAGGUGAAAGUAUUGUCGGACCUCAAUCACUGUAACAUCGUUCGGUACUACUCAUGUUGGAUAGAGGACACGGCUCAUCUGUGGGACAGUUCAUCCGACACCAGCAGUGCUUCACAGUCUUCCGCUGACUCAACUGUGAAGUUUCUUUACAUUCAGAUGGAGUUGUGUGAUAUUAAAACACUGAGAGUGUGGAUAGAUGAGAAAAACAUUCAAAACCCCAAAAAAUCUUUGCGAGACUCCAAGAGGAAAGAAGAAAGUCUCUCCAUCACCCUGGAAAUAAUCAGCGGAGUCGAGUAUAUUCACUCCAGGUGGCUCAUCCACAGAGACCUGAAGCCUGCAAACAUCAUGUUCAAUCGGAGCGGCACGGUGAAGAUCGGAGACUUCGGUCUCGUUACUCCCGUGAUCGAAGACGACUCGGAGAACCAGAGGGAGAGGAGAGGCUACAAAGGAACCCCGUCCUACAUGGCUCCUGAGCAGAGGAACGGGAUCCUUUAUGACCGAAAAGUGGACAUAUUUGCUUUGGGGCUGAUCUACUUCGAACUCCUUUGGAACAUACCGACUAUCGAUGACAAGAGUAAGAUCUGGGACGAUGUCAGAACCCAGAAUCUCCCGCAGGGAUUUUGUCAACAUUUUACCGAAGAGAGCCAAACGAUCAGGUCGAUGCUGAGUUUCAAGCCAGAAGAGCGACCAGAAGCCUGCAAAAUAAGAACGAACUUGGAGGAGCUCAAACGCUCAUUUGAGACGCUCAAAACGACGCGGCGUGACAGCCGGACUGUCUGAAAAAAAAAAACAAAAGAGAGAGAGAAUUGGGUUUUAAUAAUUCAGAAUCGCAUCUUUCUGUGAAACCAACAUCAUGAGCUGCUGGAACUGAACGUCUUCAUUAUGUGGUGCUGUAAGAACUUCGUCUAUUUUAUCAGCAGGGGUUGCAACAAAGUUCAUCUGAGUUUUCACCAAUAAUCAUGUUGGGAGGUAAUAACCGUGAGCUGGUGUAAGAAAUAUGAAAGAUUUUAAUAUGAUCUAACGUCACGUCGGUGCUUAUUUUAUUGUAACAAUAGAAAAUAA